CCACAGUCCCGACUCUACAACACCCCACACCUCCGACUUCUCAGCUCCCUCGCUCCCCCACUUCACCCUCGCCUCGCUCCACGCUUCGCCGCUGCAAAGCUUCCUCCCCUUCCAAUGGCGGCCUCGCUCUUCCGCUUCACCAUCCCUCUCCUGCUCCUCUCCGUCCUCGCCGCCUCGGCGCGCAACGAAGAGGACGCCCGCGCGCUCGCGGCGCUCAGGCGGGCACUCGACCCGGCCGGCCGGGUCCUCGGCUCCUGGAACCCCUCCGGCGACCCCUGCGGCGGCUCCUUCGUCGGCGUCACCUGCGAUACCGCCGGCCGCGUCACGGCCGUCUCGCUGCAGGGCCGCGGGCUCUCCGGCAGCCUCCCGCCUGCGGUCGCCGGGCUCCGGCGGCUGCAGGGGCUGUACCUGCACUACAACGGCAUCAAGGGGCCCAUACCGCGGGAGAUUGGGAAGCUGUCCGAGCUCACGGACCUGUACCUCGACGUGAACCAUCUCACCGGGCCCGUGCCCGUGGAGAUUGCCUCCAUGGCCAAUCUCCAAGUGUUGCAGCUGGGUUACAAUCAGUUGACAGGCAGCAUACCUCCCCAGUUGGGCAACCUGAAUAAGCUAACUGUGCUCGCAAUGCAGUCCAAUCAGCUUACAGGAGCCAUUCCGGCAACCCUUGGUGAGCUAACGCAGCUGAGACGGCUUGAUUUGAGCUUCAACAGCCUGUUUGGCUCAAUCCCAUCGAAGAUUGCUGAGGUUCCAUUGCUUGAGGUCUUUGAUAUUCGCAAUAACACCCUUUCUGGGAGUGUCCCUGUUGGAUUGAGAAGAAUGAAUGGUGGUUUCCAGUAUAUGAAUAACAAAGGGCUCUGUGGAGUUGGCUUCAGUUUGCUAGAGCUUUGCCCUUCUUCAGAGGAUGGCCUGAAACCCAGCAAGCCUGAGCCUUUUGGACCAGAUGGUACUGUCAAGACACGGGAAGUGCCUCAAUCUGUGAAUCCAGAAAACUGCUCAGGCUCCCGCUGCUCAAAGUCUGCAAAUGGAUCCGAAGGAGUUCUUAUUGUUGCUGUUGUUGCAGUGGUGAUUGGUGCUGCAUUUUGCGGGUUAUUUGCGUUCUCUUGGUAUCGUCGGCAGAAACAAAAGAUUGGGAGCUCACUGGAGGUUUCUGAUAGCAGGCUUAGCACUGACCAUUUCCAGCAGAAGGAAGCCUGCAGAAGGAGUGCCUCUCCUUUGAUUAGCGUUGAGUACUCAAACAGUUGGGACCCAUUGUCAGGUGGGGGUGUCGGAUCAUCCGGUGAAGUUGGUGAUAGCUUUAGAUUCAACCUAGAGGAGGUGGAAUGUGCGACACAAUACUUCUCUGAUGUGAACUUGCUAGGCAAGAGUGGCUUUGCUGCGACAUACAAAGGGAUCCUUCGGGAUGGAUCAGUUGUUGCUGUUAAAAGCCUCAACAAGACAAGUUGCAAGCAAGAGGAGUCAGAUUUCUUGCGUGGUCUGAAGAUGCUCAGUCUUCUUCGACACGAUAAUCUUGUUAGCCUGAGAGGGUUCUGCUGCUCCAGGGGCAGAGGGGAAUGCUUCCUUGUCUACGACUUCAUGGUUAAUGGGUGCUUGUCACAGUAUCUGGAUGUUAAGGAUGGCUCCAGUGCUAGUGUUCUUGAUUGGCCUACAAGAGUUUCCAUCGUUAGAGGCAUUGCGAAAGGAAUUGAGUACCUUCACAGCAAGAAGAGUAGCAAGCCACCAGUAGUCCACCAGAACAUAUCGGCCGAGAAGAUCCUUCUCGAUCACCACUUUGCCCCACGGUUGUCAGUCCCAGGACUACACAAGCUCCUCGCAGAUGAUGUAGUCUUCUCAACCCUAAAGGCCAGUGCUGCAAUGGGGUACCUCGCUCCUGAGUACGCCACCACAGGCCGAUUCACUGACAAGAGCGAUGUUUUUGCAUUCGGGAUCGUGGUUCUCCAAGUGAUCACAGGGAAGAGGGAUGUCUCUCAGCUGAAGGUUGGCGCUGCAGCGGUCAGCGAUCUCGAUGGCCUGGUUGAUGGAAACCUCAACGGUGUCUUCUCGAGGACUGAGGCCGCGAGGCUCGCCGCAGUUGCUGCGUACUGCACUAGCGAGGUGCCGAACCAGCGGCCGACCAUGGAGGCUGUGGUUCAGCAGCUCAGCCACUGAGUGAUGAGUUGCUGCUGAGGUUCUGAACCCAGCUAGUCUGAGUCUGAGAUCAGAGAUGUAUUUUGGGAGCAUCAAGAGAUGUUCAGCCAUGUAAGGCCUUUUGGGAUGGUAGUAGCAAACUGAUGUGAUGACAGGGUAAUAUCCAGUUGCCACUGACAUGGUAUUUGAUUAGUGUAGUCUAUCGUCUACUGAUCUCAGCAUUUCAUGGCCUGAGUAGCUUGUAGCCUUGUGCUAGAUUGCUAAUGUGUAUUAGGAUCUGAAUGCCGUGAAUGUAGUAGAUUCAGAGCAUUUCUAAUGUGACUUUGGUCAGCUUUGCAUUGGCUCUCCUUGCAUUGACCGA